AUGCUCGGAAGAUUGGGUGCUGCUCUAAUAUUGCAAUUAAUUGCAAUAUUUAUAUUCUGUCUUGGGUUUUUCCCUCAAAAAAAAGUACUGAAAGGGCAAGCCGAAUUCAAUCCUGAGAACCUUGACCGUUUGGGGUCAAACAGAGAAGAACCCGUUUUCAAUAAAUUUAUCCUCGUUGUUGUGGAUGCCUUGAGAAGCGAUUUCAUCUUUGACAGUCAUAAUUCACACUUUGACUUUGUCCACUCAAAACUCAAUUCCGGUGAGGCAUGGGGGUUCACAGCGUUCAGCAGCCCGCCCACUGUCACUUUACCUCGUUUAAAGGGUAUCACUACGGGAUCAACUCCAAACUUUUUGGAUGCGUUGUUGAAUGUCGCCGAAGACGAUCAGACGUCGACAAUCAAAGAGCAGGACUCAUGGAUCAAUCAGUUUCUGACAAAUGGGAAUCAGUCGAUUAGGUUUUUUGGGGACGAUACGUGGCUGAAGCUUUUCGCUCCGGCAAACGAAACGUUUCAAGAAUGGGAGGGUACUAACUCCUUUUUUGUAAGCGACUUCACUCAGGUAGACCUCAAUGUCACAAGACACAUUCCCACACAGUUGCAGGAAAAGGAUCAAUGGGAUACUUUGAUCUUACAUUAUUUGGGUCUUGACCACAUCGGUCACAAAGGUGGCGCUUACUCGCACUUCAUGCCUGAAAAGCAUAAAGAAAUGGAUAACGUCUUAAAAGAUCUAUACGAAAAUGUUGAUCCUGAUACCUUGAUCGUGGUUAUGGGUGACCAUGGAAUGAACGACGUGGGGAACCACGGCGGUUCAUCACCUGGUGAGACACACGCUGGGCUUGUGUUUUUAUCAGAGAAAUUAUCACGCUUUCCUAAACCGCAUUCUCAAUAUGAAACUAUUCCUUUAAAUACACCUGUGACUGCCGAUGGAGAUAAAACGUUCGAAUACCUGACUCAAGUACAGCAAGUGGAUAUCGUUCCAACAUUAGCAACAUUGUUUAACGUUCCCAUUCCGAAAAACAGUGUUGGUAUUCUAAUAAAAGAUUUUAUUCCCCUGCUAGAUAAGCACUUAAGAGAGGCGAAAGUCGGAGAAAAUUAUCAACAGCUGUUUACCUUGUCAAAUUCAAUGGAAACCGUUAAUGUAGGUUUAACUGUUGAUGAAAUGUACGAAAAGAUGCGUGCUGUUCAAGAAAACCUCACGCGCAAUGCUACAGACUACAACUACCGGGCACUGGUACCGGGUUACGUCAUAUUAGUAUGCGUGACGGCAUAUUGCCUAAUAUUAGCCGUGCAACGGAUGCGCUUGUCUGGGGCCUUUGUCGCUCUUUUGGGUAUAUCAUUUUUAACUGGUAUCUCUAUGUUUGGCAGUAGCUUUGUUGAGGAGGAACACCAACUGUGGUGGUGGGUUAUAACUGGCUCGAUUUUAUUCACAUUGGCAUUCCGCCAAAGCUCUUGGCAUACUACCUCGUCAUGUAUUACUCUCUCGCUCGCAGUGAGGCUGAUCCGUGGUUGGAAUAACACUGGUCAAAAGACGACAUAUACCUACGUUAUAGGUAAUAUUUUAGCAGCUCACCCCACAAUCAAAUGGAAUCUAAAUGUCCUAGCUUUUCUUGCGGUAUGCCAAUCAAACACAGAAUCUCUAAUGUCCUUCUGCGGUCAUAUCGUAUUGAUAGUCGUUGCCUUAGCAUAUAAGAUAAACUGGGCAUUGGUUAAUAAGGAAAAUGUCCCCGUUUAUGCUUUUCAGUUUCUGCAAAUCAUAGGAAGGCUUAUAAAGGUGAACGUUGGCGAAGACAUUGAGAAUCUCGAGGAAGCCUUAAUUCCGCUGGCAAGAGUGUUUUAUCGGUUGGUUCUGUCUUUCACAGUUGUAAAAAUUGUUCUCGCUAAAAUAAGACUUCAGCCUCCCCAUUCUCUUAUUAAGGAUAUCUCCAAAAACUUUGUGGUCCUACUAAUGUUCCUAUCAUCAACGUCGAAUAUACCUCAGUUUCUGAUCUUUGAAAUUAUGAAAGUAUGCAUUACUCAGAUAAUUAAAGAUGAGUACGGUUCUGACAUCUCAAUAACAGCAAUAGUGUCACUGAUACUUCAAAACUUCACCUUUUUCCAAUUUGGCCGGACUAAUUCUAUCGCCACCAUUGACCUUUCCAACGCAUAUCAUGGAAUCUCUGAAAACUACAAUAUAUAUGCUGUUGGCUGGUUGAUGGUCAUAUCGAAUUUUGCACCAGCACUCUAUUGGGCAAUUUAUCCUUGGAAUAUUACGUACGUGACCCCAACAGGCAUCUGUAAAGCUAGAUGGUUACGGUUUGCAAAGGGCAAGCUGCCCAUUACCUUGUUUAAUGGGCUUGUGGGUUGCUGUCUUCUGGCUGCAUGUGUGGCUUUAAGGUACCAUUUGUUCAUAUGGAGCGUGUUCAGCCCAAAAUUGUGCUAUUACGUUUUCUGGAAUUUAUUCAUGGCGUCAAUUAUUGGAUGGGCACUAGAAGCGGUGCUGCUGCUCCUUGUAUAG